CCCGUCCCGUCGCCCACUCUCCGCGCUCCUUCCCGAUGAAACCCUCCCGUCCUUUGGGCACCUACUACACGGCUGGCUCCAUUGAAGACCUCUGACCUCGCUCACCCAAUUCAAGGAUCCCCUGCUUGUGCUCUCGCUGGGAAGAUGGAGAAGGAGCUCUAGCGGUUCCACUGAGCUGAAGAGCCCCGGUUAGUUAUUCCGUCCAAGGGUGCUAGAACUUAUUGCAUUAGUAUCUUCUUUGAUGGCUUGUUAUUUCCUUGAAUCGGUAUUCUCCUUCUGCAACUAUUUAAGCUCUGAGGAGUUUCUCUGGUUUCAAUCUAGGGCAAAAGCCUACUUGUUCAGUAAAGAGACAUCGAUGUUUCGAUACCAUGGUCUAAAUAGUGAGAGAUUCGGCAAGAGAACAUUUUAAUGGCUGAUUUUAUUGUUUUCCGGAGUGGCAUUCAGAUCCCCUCCUAUUAGAUGCAUCUGGUUUUACUACAAUGGUUAUGCAUACUCUUUUUUUUACUACUGUAUAUAAGAAAUACCUGAAUAGUAAUAUGGUUUACUGAUCCAACAUAGACUAUUCGUGUAGCAAUGCACAAGAAGAAAUAAAUUAUUCGUGCAUCAGGGAUGGAUGACUGCAUAGACCUCUGUUCUUCAUCAGAAGAGGAAGGAGGAGGAGUCCCUGCAGGGAGAGUCGAGUCAGAGUCUGAUUCUGAAUUUGAUGAAAAUACUGAAGGAGUUGAUUCAGAUUCAGAUUCGGACUUUGAAGGAAAUGGCAAAGGACAUGGAGUAAAUCAUAAUGGGCAUGGGAAAGGAGGAGUUCCUGGAGGGGUAGCCGAGUCAGAGUUUGAUUCAGAAAUCGGAGAGCAUGACAAAGGAAUUGCAAAGAACACGUACAUCGGAUCAAGGUGCAGCGUGAAGAAAAUGUACAACUUGAUCCAUGGAUUAGAUGAAGAGAAGAGAGGUUAUGUGAGGGAGAUUGGUUUUGGGGGCCUGCUUCUCCUGCCAAAGCUCAUGAGGACAAAUCGGCACUUCCUCAUGUGGCUGCUAAGCAAAGUUGAUGAGGAAGCAAGCUCUAUCAUCACAGGUUACCGCAGGGACAUACCUUUCCAUGAUAAAGAUGUGGAAACUGUGCUGGGGAUUCCAUGUGGCGGCGCACCGGUGCAGAGUGAACAACACGGUGUUCCUGAGAAUGUGAUAGCAGCGGUCCGAAAGACUCUCGGAAUAUCCGAAUCGGAGCGCGACAUAGGUCCCGUGGUUGCGAUUGUGAAGAAGAAGGUCAGGGGCCAAAAGAUGACAAAAGCAGAAAUAUCAAAAUUCAAGAUUGCUUUUGUUAUAUGCGCGGCGACGUACCUGUUUGCCCCAACAAUGAAAAAUGACUACUUUGUGACAGAUUACUGGGGCGCGCUUUUAUUGUUUGUGCAGACAUUCUAUUUGGAUAACUUGGAGGUGACUGGUGGAAAUAUCCCACACGACGAAUUUCCCAGGAUACAGUUUUACACGACGGAGGUGAUCAACGCGAUAGUUGAAGACGACACGAGGUCACGUAAGGGAGCAGAACUUGUCACAUAUGGCCGAUUGCUGCCACGUCAUGAAGCACUGGUUUGCUAUCAGAGGAACCCCGCGAACAGGAACAAUGUUGUUGGCACAUCAAAUGUGUUUAACAGAAGCGAAUCUAGGUGCGCCGAGACCGGGUCUACGACCAUAGAUGAGAUUGAAUCGCUAGUUAUGGAUAAGGUUUCAUCCUUCGCAACGGCUUGUGAAUAUGUUUUGACAAGUUUUUCAAGGAAGAAGGAAGAGGAGAACCAGAGGCACCAAGCUGCCUUGACAGACCUCGAGAACCAGUCGCAGCAACAGGUCAAGAAUGAGUCGAGGAAAGUGAGAGAUCAACUGAAAAUACUGUUUGCUGGAAUUAGGCAUCAGGAUGGAGUAAGCCGGAAUAUGAAGGGAAAACGCCCUUUAUAUGGAGAUCCAGCUCCAACUGAGGAUGCUGAUGUUGGUUGCCCUAACUCCGAUAUGCCUCAAGAUAGCCAUUCAUCACCAACUGCGGAGAUACCUGGCCAUGGAUCUGAACUGGCGCGUCUUGGUAUCAAGAGGGUAAUUAAAAGAAGGAAAGAGUGACAUUUUAUCAUCGCUUGUCCAGUUCACAUAUAUAUCGUGGCCGGAAUAAUUCUCUCUUGAGAAAAGUAUGUUUUUAGUCCCUCAAGUUUCCAAAAAGUACAGACUUGGUCCCUCAAUAUUUUUUGGUAUACAUUUGGUCCCUCAAGUCUCAAAACCGGACAAGUUUGGUCCUAAACCAGAUUUUGACCCUGUUGACCUGGUUUGAGCGCCACAAAACCGCCCGAUGAACAGUAAAUUCGAGUUUUAAAAAAAACUUCAAAAAAAUCUGAAAUUUUUUGCGGUCCAAUAUGCUUACAUGCGGACCCCAAAAAAUUUCAGUUUUUUGAAGUAUUUUUUAACUCGAAUUUACUGUUCAUCGGGCGGUUUUGUGGCGGUCAAACCCGGUCAACGGGGUCAAAAUCUAGUUUAGGACCAAACUUGUCCGGUUUAGAGACUUGAGGGACCAAAUGUAUACCAAAAAAUCUUAAGGGGCCAAGUCUGUACUUUUUGGGAACUUGAGGGACCAAAAACAUACUUUUCUCUAUUUUUUUAAAAGGAAAGGUAUUAACCACUUAGCCAUGUAUUUAUUAUUUAGAUGAUUUAGGGACUUUUCUGGUCCUGGGCCACCUUGCAAUUCCUAAAAACAUUGCCAUUUAUUUGUGUCGAUUACAUAGGCACACUUGAUUGUAUACUUAAACAGAACUUUUCUUUUUUGGAACAAGACCAUGUUUAAUGUUGAAUAUCUGGUGCAUCGCGUAUGUUGAGCAACUGCAAAAUGUACUAUGCCCCAGCGGAUCCGUUCGCCGCCGCUGAUCUCAUCGCUACGUCGACGACAACCAUUUGACGCCGCCGAACCCCUUACCAUCGAGUGUCUCCUCUAUUAUGAGUGCAAGCAACAGGAGGUGUCCUCUUGGCACAACGACGUGGUCAACUGGUCACUCCUUCAUCGACAGGUUCUUGCGCUCGGUGGAUUACUUCCACGGUUCCACAGUGGGAGGACACACUCAAGCUAUGGUUCAGGCAACGUCUCCACCCACUCGCAAGUUCAACUACAUUGGCUGAGUGCAAGCAGGAUCUGUAGUAAUACUGAGUACUUACAAAUGCAUAAAGCUCUGUCUACGUCUGCACAAGGAACUUCUACACCCGAUUAUUUCUCAUAUAUUUGGGGUCUGAUGCAGCAAAGGUAAUAUCUGCUUUGUGUUUUUAGAUUGAUAACAAUGAAUUAUUCCAGAUGUAAAAGGAAUUGCUAAAAUCAACUAGAACUGAUGCUACAUAAGUUUUUGCUUUUCAUAAUUAAAUUAUUUCCCUCUUGAUAAAAAAAACCAUACUAUUCUAGAGAACUUAGUUCACAAGACAGAAAAGAAGCAAAGGUGUAUUAUGCAACUUUCAAUAAGGUGGAAAUAAACAAGACUAGAGGUGGGUGGAGAGAGAGAUAGAGAUGUUACACAUGAUUCAUUCCUGAACCACUAGAACUUGUUGUUUUUUCUCUCAUCCGUUGGCCAUGCCCAUCCUUAGAUUGGGCUUGAUUUGUAUUUAUGCGUAACUGUGCACAUUUUGGUCAGCUAUGUGUCAUGUUUAGGCUUUUCUGCGCUGUCUCGGCUGAAAGCCAUUUUUAUCGGAAUGUUGGUUGGUGCAUAUAGUUUUACUGCCAUGUAGAAGAAUGAAGUACUUAAGUGCUAUUUGUUUCUCUGCGAACGAAACUAGGUGUCUUUGUUACAAGUAAAUCAGGAUAAGAAUGGAAAUGACCCUGUUAGAUCCCCAUAAGUGGUACCGCAGUAGCCAGGAACAGAUUGACGUAAUCAACGGAUGAAUUGGUGUGUGUUAACCAUUUAAUUUGAACAUGGUAUGGCAAUUGUUGCACUCUGUUUUAGUUAGUUGAAACUGAUAGCCAGGAACGCAUCUUUGUAGUACUUUUCCGUUAAAUUUGUAAAUAUACAUUUUGCUUCAAGCAAUUUGCUAGCUAUUCAAGUUGGCAACUAGCUGGCAUCAUGUGAUGUUUCUUUUCCAUGUUAUUAAGACUUAUACAUAACUUAUUGUUUACAUGGUGGUCCAUUAUAACUAUUGUAAACUAAAUUUUUUCAACAAGGAGAUGUCUGCAUAUAACACCUUCAUAAUUGUUAUUACAUGACUAUAUGUUGUGAAAUCAUUUUUCAUAUGUCUAUUUUUUUUUCAUCACCCCCAUUUAGAAAUGAGCCUUCUGUUAACUCCUGAUCUUCCAAGUCAUUUUCUGUUCUGACAAACUUGUACCUUUUCAGACAGAUCAUUGUCAGCGAGUAAACAAUUGUUCAAUUAAAUACUGGCAUUAUGUGCUCUAUAUUGGGAAUUUCAAAUGGAUAGUUUUGACAUAUUUUCUUCAGGAGAAUUUUUCGGAGCUUGACGAAAGAAGGUCGUCGCGGUGGUCGGCUACCAGGAGUAUCUUGUUUGGCCUUGUACCAUGUCGGAUUGUCACUAUUUUUAAAAUCUACUUAUGACUAUUUUGUAAAGGACAAAUUGACAGAUUUGGCGAAAAAUGGGCGUAUUUGGAGCCGGAUGGAAAGAUUGGCAGAUUUGGAGCAGGGUGACGAUGGAGCAGCCUUUUGUCACAAUAACAAAAGAGCUGAAGUGGAAGGGCUCAUGGAAGAAGAGAUGGAAUGACAAUGAUGCAACCUUGACGUGUGGCUGUUGUAUGUAUUUGAGGUACGCAGGAAAAGAACUCUUAAUGAGGUAAAGUGAUGGGGACUCAUCUAAGGCGGAGAUGGCAACUGAGCCCAGAGGCAAACAUGGCAUUGUUCAUAGUCAGUUUGUGAAUGAACAUGUGGUGGAAAGAAUGUUUCCAUGUCCAUAUGCCUCCUUUUCUUAUUAUUCGUACUAAGGCAGCAAGCAUUAUUCUCCAAACCCCCAUAAUUCAAACGGAGGGUAAAGAUAUCAUGUGUUGGAAACACACCCCAACAGGUUUGGAAAGACAAUAGCAUUGCUCCGAGAAUUCAGACGUUUGCUUGGAGGCUUCUUGAGAGAGCAGUUCCAACAGGCAUGCGGGCUGAAGGCGGGAAAUGACAAACAUUUUGGAAGAAAAUAGGGACAUCCAACUCAGGUGCAUCAAGCUGCUCAAGCUAUAAUGAAAGGGCUUCAGGUAGAGUCCAAAGUUACAGGUUUUAUCGGUCCACCCUUCUGACAGAUAAUCAGGUACUUGCAAGAGCUGCAAAUGCUGGCGAAUUUCAAACCCGGGACAUUGUGAAAUCCAUUCACAGAUAGCAGAAUACUUCAUUGUUUCCAAGUCUCUUAUGUUAAAGAUAUAUCACAUCAAAAGAGAUUUGAAUGGUGUUGCUCAUAACUGUGCAAAGGACUCACUGAAAAAGCUUUGUAUUAGCUACCACAUACUAUAUUAGCUCAUACUGUAUUGUAUCCCCUACCACAUACUGUAUUAGCUCAACUGAUAGGAGUAUCCAGUGUCCAGUGUUGCUCGCUUUGAGCAACUUUGUAAUCUAUGGAUUUCGUAUCCUUGAUGUAAGAUGUGUAUGAAAGAUCAAUAAAUAGCGC